AUGGUUCCUCUUAAAAGGUUAACACCUAGGAGAGGUCCUGCUAAAAUAGUGGCUCCACCAAAUCUCAAUGAAGGCAAGUCAACUAGUACAAUAUUUCAAAAGGAGUUUAGAAGAAAUGAUGGUUUUCUAAGAAAAGAGGACAUAAGCAAUUGCCUGAAUGGAAAUAACUAUUGUUAUAAGUGUAGGAAGCCUGGUCAUUUCAUCAAAGAUUGCCUACUCCAUAAGCUUAAAUAUAAGGACUAUAUCAAGAACAAUCCGCGGAAAGCAAUGAAGAAGGACCUGGUCCCUAAUGAAUUCAAAAAAACUAAUGGAGAAGUAGCAGAGACUUCCAUGAUUAUGAUAGAAGUCAUUGACUCUUUAUUUUCUCUCAUGGCCAAGUCAAACGACAAAGACGAAGAUGAUGAAGAGAAAAGUCUUUUUGAUAUCCAAACAAAUCUUUAA